AUGGCCGAGCCGAUAUCCGCCAUCUCCGUGCUCCUGUCAGAGGAAUUCCAGCUCCACGUCACAUGGAGGGGAACUGCAGACUACUGCAAGUACCACGAGGGCGCUGGGAAGGCAGAGAAGGAUGAGGGCAGCCCAGUGCGUGCGCUCUUCAAGAAGCACUGGAAGAAAGCAGGCCCCGAGCCACGCAGCAUGAGAGAGGCGCACAAGGAUUCUCUACCCGAAGCCUGGCACUUCGUGGAGGAGCUCCAAGACCUACUAAUUCGCGACGAGACUUUUCGCGACGCCAACAUCGCCUUCUGCAGCGAGCCCGCCAUCGCUUGCGUGUCGAUGCACCGGGCAGGGAAGCCCAUCGUGGGUUACUUCGGCGUCCACAUCGCCUUCCUGGUUCCCAAGGACCCGGACCAGACGAAGCUCUACGAAGCCUUCCGGGAUGAGCUGGCGGAGAACCCGCGCAACUCCUUCGCCACCGUCGCGCCAUACCUCUCCCUGCAGAUUUGGCGGCACACCUCUCUGCAGAUGCCCGCUGUCAGACCACUUUCCAUGUACACGCAGCCGGUCACGUACAGCGGCGGCAACUCCACGGAAGUGCUGUUGAACAGACGACCCGUGCUCUUCUGGAACAGGCAACUGCUUCUCAACUCCAUCUCCCACCUCAACGGAAUGAACCUUCGGUUUCGGCAUGUUCAAGAGCUCAAGGACAAGAGCUUCAGCAAUUGGCUUGCCCACCGAGCCGGAGUUUACUUUCCAUACGACUGGCUGCAGACGAUGACGUUCUACGACUGGAUCAACAUGGCUUUGCCGACGUUUGUGCCAGACACCCCAAUGUACACCUUCACCGUGCUGGGCACCAACGACAGGAAUUGGCUCGCAACCAUUUUCAAUCCCCCGAAGCACCUGUACCCCUACGAGUACAGAGACUGGGAGGACUUGGAGAACCGUGUGUACUGGUGGCACAUGACAGACUUCAAGGCCCUGCCGUCCGUGCGGACCUUCUCCUCCAUCUCGGAGCUUUUUACUCUUCUGUUGCAGGAGUCCAUGGUCAAGAUCAGCGCGGAGAUGCGGCUGCAGCACCUGCAGCAGACCCACAGCACGGUGUCGCUAGAUGUGUGUAGGUUUCAAAGUCGAAGACUGCUAAGCACCCGGCAUGAGUCUUGUCGCGCGGAUUCUUGCACCAUCAUGUCAUCUGCGCCCGAUGCCGCGAAGAUGCUCCACAUCUGGAGCGCUUCAGGAGACGAGCGGCUGGUCUCCACCUCCGAAGCACGCGACGUGCGGAGCCUCAAGCGGUAUCUACAAAGGCAAGGCGAACUGCCGCGCUUCCGGCAAAGAAUUUUGCACGAAGGCCGUAGCUUAGAGGAUGAGACCGUGCUGGACUUCGAAGCCGACCUCCAUUUGGAGCAGGUGCAUGGACUCCUCUCCGCGGCCGGCCUUGGUUCCGUGGCAGCUGUGGAGGAGAUCUUGCAGCGCCCACAGGAAGACGAGGGUGCAGGAAGACCCGUCGCAGCCCUCGGGGUGGCAGCCGACAAGGGCCACACGGAGAUCGUGCGCUUGCUGCUGGAGGCCUGUGCCGAGACAGAGCAGAACUCCUAUCACUCGAUUCGAUACCAAGGCACGGCACUUGUUCUGGCAGCCUACGGAUGGCAUGUGGACGCGGUGUGGGUGUUGUUGGAGGCACGAGCUUGCACGGAGGCGGUCGGAUGUGUCGAUCAGGAUGCUGCAACACCCCUCAUUGCGGCAAUCGGCGGGCGGGAGCCUGGACAUCCCUCUCCAGACGACCACCGGGAGACGGUGCGGCUCUUGUUGGAGGCAAACGCCGAUCCAAGUUUUCGGGGCGAGGUCGCGCAUACCCUGGAUCAUGAUCCGCGACCUCUGGUCGCCGCAUGUCAGGGUGGACACCUGGAAGUUGUGCGCAGGCUUUUGGAAGCAAGCUGUGCUGGCGCGGCGGAAGAGUCCCUAACCGUACAUCCACGCAAUCCACACCUGGCUCCCGCACUCGUGGCGGCCUCAUCGGCCGGCUUUCAGCAUGUUGCAGAGCUCCUGAUGGAGGCAGAGGGCCGCCAAGCGAUGCCCGGAACAGAGUCCGAGUUCACCAUCCUCACGCCUCUUCUCGUAGCAUCCCUGUGGGGGCACGUGGAAGUUGUGCGCUUGCUGCUGGAGGGACGGGCUGACAGCAACAUCGUUUGUGGGCCUACUGGUGCAACCGCUUUGAGUGUGGCUGCUGGCCAGGGGGAGGCGGAAGUUGUUGAACUGCUGCUGGCAGCUGACCCAAGCCAGCCUAUAGCUAGUGCACAAGGAAAGGGGGGUGAGGCGGACUGCAGAGAGAUGUUGGUGUUCUGUGCGCUUAUUGCGUUUGUGGAAUUGGAAGCUGCCUUGUCUUUACGGAUCUCAACAUUCCCUUUCCAACGCGACUGGGCCGGUUAUGUGCGAGGUGGCCGUGCUACGUAG